AUGAAUAUGAUGGGGUGCCCCUCAUCAACGACAAUCAAUCUUCCGCCGGCGAUAAAUCCCCACACAACCCCAACUGAGGCGCUCAUAUUUCUCCAGAAAUGCACGAACCUCGCCCAAACAAAGCUGGCCCACGCCAAAAUCGUCCGGAACGGCCUUCACCACCAUCAAUUAAUCGCCGCGAGUCUCAUUCGCCUCUACUCUUCUUGUGGGCGUCUCGAUUACGCUGCUUCUGUUUUUCAAUUUGUCGACAAUCCGUCAACGUUUGUCUGUAACCUAAUCAUCCGGGCCCACACGGUGAACGGCCGGCCAGCGCGGGCCAUCGUGCUCUACAAUUCGAUGAUCUGCAGUGGCGUUCGCGCGGACAAAUUCACCUUCCCCUUUGUGAUAAAAGCUUGUCUGGCUUGUUCUCGUGUGGACAAGGCCAGAGAGGUGUACGGACUUGCCGUCAAGACCGGGCUUUCUGAGGACAUCUACUUGGGCAACGUGCUCUUGGAUCUCUACUUCAAGUCCGGGCUUUUGUAUGAUGGGCUGAGAAUGUUUGAUAAGAUGCGGGCCAAAAACGUUGUGUCGUGGACUACAGUUAUUGCGGGCCUUGUUCGUAAUGAAAGAAUCGACGUUGCCCAGAGGUUUUUCGACAAAAUGCCUACUAAAAACGUGGUUUCUUGGAGCUCUAUGAUUCAUGGGUACUCCAAGAGCGAAAAUCCGGGCCGGGCUUUUGAGGUGUUUGUGGAGGCGCAGAGCAAUAAUGUGAGGCCAAAUGAGUACAUGUUGGUUGGUGUUUUAACUGCUUGUGCUGAGCUGGGGAGCCUCAGAUUUGGGCGUUCGGUGCAUGGAUUUGCAGUGAGGAAUGGGUUUGAGAGUGGGGUUUUUCUUGGGACAGCCCUUGUUGAUAUGUACAGCAAGUGUGGCAGUUUGGGGAUUGCGAGACGGGUUUUUGGGAAUAUGGAUGAUAAGAGUGUGGCCACGUGGAAUGCAAUGAUUUCUAGUUUUGGAGUUCAUGGGUUUCACAAAGAGGCCGUUGAGUGUUUUGAGGAGAUGGAGAAGAUGGGAGUGAAGCCUGAUGCAGUGACUUUUGCGGGGCUCGUUAGCGCUUGCCUGAAAAUGGAAAGUCUCGAAAAGGGCCGUGAGUACUUGUAUUGUGUGAUUAAUCGGUAUGAGGUUAUGCCUAGCUUCGAGCAUUAUGUUCUGAUAGAUGAGAUGCGUGACCGGUGA